UGGAAUCCUCUACAAAUCUGCAUCCCAAGUAAUUAAAUUCAGCCGAUCAUGGCUGCUCCCCCGACCAAAAAAACCGCAUAUUUUAGUUGCUUACGAUGAACCUUCAAUCCAACCCUCAUUACCUUACGUGCCCUGCAACCCUCAACCUUCCCGCUUCCCCUUUUCUCAAUCAAAGCACCUUUUCUCCCAGAACAAAAACAAAACCCAUCGCAUCCGCAUCAAUCGAUCGAUCGACUUAGCAUGGAAUCCAUCGGCUCCAACGAAUCGCCCUCCCCUCGCAUGACAAUCAACUCCCGCAUCUUCCGCGCCCUCCACCACCCUCUCCUCCUCCUCCACCGCUCCGGCCACACCUUCCACAUCCUUGGCUCCACCUCCAAUGUCUACACAGUCAUCCUCUCCCAAACCCCAACGUGCUCCUGCCCAGAUCCCACCAUCCCCUGCAAACACAUCCUUUUUAUACUCCUCCGUGUCCUCCGCCUCCCCCAUCACCACCCCUCACUCCUCCGCCGCUUCCUCCGCCCCUCAUUCCUUCCUCGCCUUCUCUCCUCCCCCACAAACCCAGAGUCCGUAGCCAAUCCCCGCCUUCUCCAACGCUUCCGUCAGCUCUUCUUCUCGGCAACCGUCGCCAGAUCUGGAGACGGGGAGGAGAACAGAUCGUCGGGAGGAGCGUGUCCGGUUUGUUUGGAGGAGAUGGAAACGGAGAUUGAAGAGAGAGUGGUAAGGUGCGGGGUUUGUGGGAAUGGUUUGCACGAGGAGUGUUGGGGGAGGUGGAAGAGGAUCAGGGGGAGGAGAGGGGCUAAGUGUGUUAUUUGUAGGGCGAGGUGGAGGGAGAGGAGGGAGGUGGAUAGGUACUUGAAU